CCUUCGCGUCUGUCGCCCGCCUCGUCUUGUACCAGAGCUGCCAUGUACUUCCCGACCUCUGCUGCGCGACAGCUCUCCAGCGCCCCGGCGCUGCCUCUCCCAAGCGAGCUCGUGCUCUCGAUAGCCCCGAGUCCGCGGAAGACGCUCUUCGCGGCUGUCACAAAGACUGGGCUUACGCUAUGGCGUGUUCGGCCCUCCGCGGUAAUAGCACACCUCUCGCGCACCCCGACGUCAGUGCAGGAGCACGGAGAGAACGUACACUUGCAUUGGUCUCCUGAUGGGCAGAGGAUUGUUGUCCAGACUACGGACUCGUACCUCGUCCUGGUCACCGUCGAAUAUAAUGCGGAUGAGCUCCCGUACCAGCCCCCACCGCUUGCGCCCAAUGCGGCGCGACACUUCUUGCCUGGAGCAGGCGAAGCCUUGCCCUUCCAAUCGCUGAGCUUGCGACUAGAUGGCGUUAUACGGAUUGAGGGCACACUAUUGAGCGUCUCGCCCCGCAAGGAUUCCAUUCUGUUCUCUACAAGCACCCCGCCGGCAAUCCAACGUGUGCCGUGGCCAGAUAUCUCCCGCGGUGGGACCUCAGGAGGGGGGUACGAGACAUGGAUCAUCAACGACGAGGAGUUCCCGUGGCUUGCAGAUGCAGAUGUCACUGUAUCCCAGAUCACUUACCACCGCCAGACUGGCUUCGAGACGUGGAUAACCUCCGACGGCCGGGGAUAUCUGGUCCAGCUCUACGAGGACCAAGAUAUACAGCCCGGUGCGUCCGAAGCGAGCACCGAUGACACCCAAGCGGACCUCGGGCCCUUCCGACACCCUCGACGGUCCUCAGACAGCUCGGGCUCCGCACGACCGUCCCAAUGGCUUGGAACGUGCAUACACCACGUCGACCCGCCUCGCUGGGUGCAGAAACGGAGACAGGUCGAUCCGGGAGAUGUCGUCGGGUACACAUACAACGAGCCUCGGCGUGCAAUGACUGUAGCUCUCAACCCGAAGUUCUCUUUGGUCGCUACGGGGACGUACAAUGGCACCGUCGAGUUCUCGAGCUUCCCCUCGCUGGAGGGUGUGGUUCCGACGCCGCAGUUAUUGCAAAUACCGAACAUGUACGCGCGAGAAGGAACAGGGUCAGUAUGCACCAUGGAGUGGAGUUCGGACGGUUACGUUCUAGCGGUGGGAUGGGAGAAGGGGUGGGCAGUAUGGAGUGUUGGGGGACGAUGCCUUGCUUGGGGCUUCGGCGUCGAGUAUGAAGUGGACGAAGAGAAGUUCACGGACUCUUUCAUGUACGGGGUCAGGAGUUUGUUUUGGGUGUCAGGCAACUUCGAGCUCGUCAUGUUGGCGCAGAACUCUCCUAACAAGCCUGAUGGUCAAAUGUUUGUCCUCCCAUUCGCCAAGAGCGCAACGACGGGGCAGCACUCUCCAGACAAUACACAAUACGCAUUCCUUCAGAUGGACGACCGCGUUCUGGUCUACCGCGGCGCAGACCAACCGGAUAUGAGCGUUAUCAAUCCCGAAGCGGACGUAUGGCAACACAUCAAGGUUCCACAGGACUACAUGUCCGCGAACUGGCCCAUACGGUACUCUUCCUUGAGCUCUGACGGGAGGCUUAUUGCCAUUGCUGGUCGACGAGGACUGGUCCACUAUAGCUCGACAUCAGGACGGUGGAAGAUGUUUGCCGAUGAACGACAGGAACAGGCUUUCACCGUGAAAGGCGGCCUUCUAUGGUUCCACCAUGUCCUCAUCGCCGCUGUAGAGGUUGCUGGGGCUUACCAGGUCCGCUUAUAUUCGCGUGAUCUGGAGCUAAGCAAUCAGAACGUAUUGCACCGCGAGAUGAUCCCUUCGGCCGUCGUCAUCCUUUCGCUUGUCGACAACUCGCUGCUUGUGUAUACAGCGGAUAACACCCUGUACCACUAUCUCAUCAUCCCCACAGCCGACUCCAUCAAGCUGCAUCUCUGCGGUAGUAUCACAUUCGGCGGAGUCAUCGCCGUUCCAGGCGCUGUGCGAGCUUUGAGUUGGAUGAUCCCGUCCGCGCAGAAACAGUUGGGCGACCCAUCAGACGACCUUGCCGUCGCUACCGUUCUCAUGAUUGUCGGAGGUAAGCUCGUGUUGCUGAGGCCGAGGAAGUCAGAGGAGGGCGAAGUCAAUUACGAUAUGCAAAUCCUAGCGGACCGUAUAGAGUUCUGUUGGAUCCACUUGCGUGGCAUCGGGACGCUAGAGAACUCGUUGUGGGGCUAUGAUGGGCAGGGCAUCCGGGUAUGGCUGAAUGCACUGGCGAUCGAAGCUGUCCCACCUCCCGCCGAGGACGGAACAGUAGUUCUGGAUCAUGUCAAGGAGAGCGUGAACAUACCACUUGACUUCUAUCCCCUCUCAGUGCUGAUGGACAAGGGAAUCAUCAUCGGCGUCGAGGUCGAGGCAGCGACUAGGAUGAGCUUGUCCUUCACCAUCUUUCGGCAUGUCACUAGCUCUCACCUCUUCCUCCACCAUAUCUUGCUCUCCCACCUAGAGAACUCGCAAGGCAAGGAGGCCGUUUCCUUUGCAUCGCAUUACCAGCACCUUGUCUACUUUGCGCAUGCGCUAGAGAUCCUUCUCCAUACUGUCGUUGAGGAGGAUGCAGGUGCGCCAGAGAACGAUAGCGUGGAUGGGCCAGCAAAGACGAACGGGCUACUUCCCACUACUAUCGAGUUCUUGGACCACUUCGAUGAUGCUCUUGAUGUCGUCGUCGGCUGCGCAAGGAAGAUAGAGAUGACUAGGUGGCCGCGACUUUUCGAUAUUGUCGGAAACCCCAAGAUUCUCUUCGAGUCCUGUUUAGGGUCAGGUCGCUUGAAGACGGCAGGCUCGUAUCUGCUCGUGUUGCAUGGCCUUGAGCAACUUGACGGGAUGAACGGCGACGCGAUUCGGCUGCUUCGCUGCGCAGUUGCUGCACAAGAUUGGCAGCUCUGCCGAGAAAUCCUGCGUUUCUUGCACUCCAUCGACGACACCGGUGCUGCUUUACAGACUGCGUUGGUAGAAACCCAGAUAUUACCUCAGGCUGCUUCGCAUAUCGGCCUAGGGAACGGCACGGUUCAUUGACACCCUCAUCUCUGCUGUAGACAGUAUAUCUCAUCAUGGGACAUUCUUCGGGUCUGGAUAACUUAUGUAGAUCGUACAAGUGUACCAAUCAUUGCACAACAACCAAAGUUGUCUCACGG